AAUUCAUUGUUACUUCUUUGUCUUAAUCCGUUCAACACUGCUGAAUAAAUGUAAUGGCGGGUCUGUGUACGGUAAACAAUAUGUAAGGUUAACAUCUCCUCAGUAAAACUCUAAGGAAAUGUCUACUACAGUGGCCAGCACGAUGGUCUCUGGUCCGUCCAGUCACCUGUACACGGAGUCCGGGGACCAGUACCAUGAGGACAACCUGAGCACGUCCUCCACACAGCUGGACACGUUUUCUAACUACACCGCCAACACAGACACGCCCAUGUCCCGCCUCAGCCGAUACGGCUUCAAGAUGAGGUCCUCCUCCAGCUUCCCCAGUAUCCUCAAUCUGUACAGCGAACCAAUCAGCGAGGAGACGCCAAGAAAGGAAAAGAAGAAAAAGAAAACCAAGAUCCGGUAUUCCGACAGUUUAAGAAGGACUAGAAGUACCCAGCCGGACAUACUGAGCACAGAGUCCCGGAAAACCACAGAGAACCGUGCGAUCAGAAUAGAGGCGGUGGCCAGGGAACAGAUGGAACGCUAUGAGAAAUACAUCCAGAAGCUACAGGCCAAAGUGGAGAAACAGAGGGAGGACAGGAAGAUAAGUGACGAGGAGUUCCUCAGGAGGAUAAAGGCACAGGAGGAGGAACGAUUCAAACAAAGCAUACGGAAACGUCCAAAGCAGGAGUUGGUGAAUGACCUGCCGUACGUCAAGAAGCUCCCCAAGUCUAAGAUGAGAAAGGUUGUACGACUUUCUGAUGACCUACAAAGGAAGGGCGUGCUAAAGACUCAGGAGGACGUAGACAAGUUCUGGAAGGACUUUGGGAAUUCAGGCACUGAUCAAGACAGUCAAGACAAAACUCAAGAGGACUGGGAAACACUUAAUCGCAAAACGAAUUUUAAAAUAAAAUCCAACAGACACUUGUCAUCGGAGAGUCCAGACAAAUUCAGUGAAGCCAGCAUCCCACCCCGAGGUCACACCAAACAUCUCGCGGACGAGAUCUUGUCAGCGCGUGAAAACUUUGGAUCGUCUGAAGAGAUACAUUCAGAAAAGCGAGGCAAGUCCAGGCGGCACAAGAAAUCCCUUCCGCCUCUCGACAAAAAGCGCGACAAGUCGGACAAGAACCGGAAGAAAGCCAAGUCCUGGCCAGACCGAGAUCCGGGCGAGGAGCGGGGAGCAGACGACAAGAUCACAGCGAGUGAGGUUUAGCCUGUUUGAUUUAACAUGGUAAACUUCUAACAAGAAACAGAAAGAGAAACUGCAUGAAAGAGAAAUUCCAACUGUAUGUGUAUAGACAUAAAUGUGGACAGUUUCGACAGAUAAUAAAAAAUCUCAAUGUACACUGAGAAAACCAGUGUAUUAGAAGACAGUGUCUUAAUGAAGAAUGGAACAACACAAAGUGAUAUAUGCAUGUAAAGCUAUGAAUAUAUACAUGUAUAAAGUAAAUUUUUAUGUAUAAUUAUAAAUCACUGUUAUGUACUAAGUACAUGCUAAGUUGAAUUACCAGUAAAAUAAUAACACAUG